AUGCCUCGCACAUUUCUGAGCGUUGAGGAACACACGUUGUCUGGGGGUAGUCUGCCGCCUUCGCUGUUGUACAACAACCUUACUUUUGUUGAAGAAUGCGGGGCGCUGGUGUACGCCUCAAGGAAGGAUUGUAUUGUCAGGGACAUCAAAGCAAAGAAGACUCAUGUACUUCCAAUUGGAACCUCCGAGAAGGAGAUGAUUGUACAUUGUACCGCCACACUUGCGCCUAUAGGACUGCUGCAUCCUGAUCACUCUAUUCUCAUUCUCAUCACUACAGAGUCGGCCACACAGCUUUGGGCAAAGGAGUCUCCACUAGGCCUUGUGCCACACAAUGGUUCAAACGGCAAUGGCUGUUGCGGUGACAUUGUCUCCUCGCCUACCGGCGUCGCAUACGUCCUCGUUAGCACAAACAAAGGGGUCGUGAUUUUUGCGGAGUUUGAUGCAACGCCAAAUACGCCGUUUCGAGUCCAGUCGGCAGUGAAGGGACACAUGGAGCACGCAGUUACUGCGGCACGGCUGAAUCCGUUUCAUGAUUCCCCGCUUUUUGCCGUCACAGGGGAUUCCGUGGGCCGUUUGCUGUUUUGGGACCGCGACAAACAGCCGUUUGCUUUUUUUGAAACGUCGGAGUGUGUGACGGCGGUGCAGAUAGUCAGUGGUGGGGACUUUGCAGUGGCCGCGAACGGGGCCGGGAAGUUGCAGGUGUUCGAUAGCCGCACGGGCGAGAUGCGGGUGGAAAUUUGCGCCCAUUCGCGCUGGAUUAACACACUGGCGUUCUGUACUGCCACCAACACGGUGAUUUCCGGAGCGGAGGACGGUUAUUUCACUGUGUGGUCGAUGCCAAAGAGUACAGUGAAUGGCGUUACACUGGUCGAGCCCAUCGCAACGCAACAUGUCCCCAACGUGUUGCCUACAGGCGCUGCCUUCAGAGCGGACGGAACGCAAGUCUUUAUUGCGAUGUACGACACAAACAGGAUCACUGAGUAUGCUCUUGUAUGA